GCGGAGAGAGGAGCUGAUGGAGUGAAGACGGCGGAGGAGAAAGAGGAGUAAAGUGAAGCUUUUCAGUCUGAGCAGAGCCGCGAGUUCAAACAGCAGCCAUGUCGUCUGCAUCUUCUUCUUCUUCUUCGUGUCUUGUCCUCGGCCUGCUGGCUCUCGCCUUCCUCAGGAGCUCCGAGGCCGAACAGCGGAGGCUCUCUGCAGAAAACCUGCUGGUGGUCACCGCGGCAACAGAGGAGACCGACGGCUUCAUCCGCUUCAUGAGGACGGCCAGAGAGUUCAACUACACCGUGAAGGUCCUGGGUCUGGGGGAGGAGUGGAAGGGGGGUGACGUGGCUCGGACGGUGGGUGGAGGUCAGAAGGUCAGAUGGUUGAAGAAGGAGCUGCUCAAACACUCGGACAAGAAGGACAUGGUCGUCAUGUUCGUCGACAGUUACGACGUGAUCUUCACGUCGGGCCCGGAGGAGCUGCUGUCCAAGUUUUCUCGUCUGGGUCACCGGGUGGUUUUCUCAGCCGAGGGGUUCUGCUGGCCCGACCAGAGACUGGCCUCCAAAUACCCAGAGGUGCAUUCUGGGAAACGCUACCUCAACUCAGGAGGCUUCAUCGGCUUCGCCUCUGAUCUCAGUUCGAUCGUCCAGCAGUGGAAGUACAAAGACAACGACGACGACCAGCUUUUCUACACCAAGAUCUACCUGGACAAGAAGCAGCGGACCAAGUUCAACAUGACUCUGGACCACCGAUCCCGGAUCUUCCAAAACCUGAACGGAGCUGUCGAUGAAGUCGUCUUGAAGUUUGAGAGGGCGAGGGUCAGAGCGAGGAACGUCGCCUACGACACACUACCCAUCGUUAUCCAUGGCAACGGACCCACCAAGCUGCAGCUGAACUACCUGGGGAACUACGUGCCCACAGCGUGGACCUUCGAGAACGGCUGUGGGAUCUGCGAUGACGACCUGCUGCUGUUCAACGACACGCCUGAUGAGGAGAUGCCCCUGGUGUAUGUCGCCGUGUUCAUCGAACACGCGACCCCCUUCAUGGAGGAGUUCUUGGACCGGCUGACGACGCUCAACUACCCGAUGGCGAGGAUCCGCCUCUUCAUCCACAACAACGUCGUGUACCACGAGCGUCACAUUCAGAAGUUCUGGGAGCGCCACCGGGCGCUGUUCCCCAACGCCCGGCUGGUCGGACCAGAGGAGAACCUGCAGGAGAACAAGGCCAGAGACAUGGCAGUCGAGGCGUGUAAGAAGGAUCCGGACUGUGAUUACUACUUCAGCAUUGACUCUGACGUGGCCUUGACGAACCCCGACACGCUGAGGAUACUAAUCGAGGAAAACAAGUCAGUAAUAGCGCCCAUGUUGUCCAAACACGGGAAGCUGUGGAGUAACUUCUGGGGCGCUCUGAGUCCUGAAGGAUACUACUCCAGGUCUGAAGACUACAUCGAGAUCGUCCAGGCAAAGAGGAUUGGUCUGUGGAAUGUCCCGUACAUCACUCAGGCCUACCUGAUCAAAGGCAGCGUGCUGCGGUCCAAACUGUCCCAGGUGAGCCUGUACGUGGACCGGGAGAUGGACCCUGACAUGGUGUUCUGCAGGAGCAUCAGAGACCAGGGAGUCUUCAUGUUUGUGUCAAACCGCGACGAGUUUGGCCGUCUGGUGGCGUCGGCCAACUUCAACACGUCCAGGCUGCACCCGGACAUGUGGCAGAUCUUCGACAACCCCGUGGACUGGAAGGAGAAGUAUAUCCAUGAGAACUACACCAAGAUCUUUGAAGACCAGAAGACCUUCGUGGAGCAGCCCUGUCCAGAUGUUUACUGGUUUCCAGCCUUCUCAGAGAAGAUGUGCGAUCAGCUGGUGGAGACCAUGGAGCACAACGGUCAGUGGUCCGGAGGAUCACACAAGGACGAGCGUCUGGCCGGAGGGUAUGAAAACGUCCCAACUGUGGACAUCCACAUGAACCAGAUCGACUUUGAAAAGGAGUGGCUCAAGUUCCUCAAGGACUACAUCGUCCCCGUCACCGAAAAACUCUAUCCUGGCUAUUACCCGAAGGCCCAGGCCAUCAUGAACUUUGUGGUGCGUUACCGUCCUGACGAGCAGCCGUAUCUGCGGCCGCAUCACGACUCCUCCACCUUCACCAUCAACAUCGCCCUGAACAGGAAGAACGUCGACUACGAGGGUGGAGGCUGCAGGUUCCUGCGUUACGACUGUAAGGUGGAGUCUCCCAGGAAGGGCUGGUCUUUCAUGCACCCGGGCCGCCUGACGCACUACCACGAGGGUCUGCCCACCACCAAAGGAACCAGAUACAUCAUGGUGUCCUUCGUGGACCCCUAAGACUGACGGGGACUGUGUGAGUGUGUUGAAGAGCCUUCCUGGUCACGGAUCGGUCGACCAACCAACCACUUCAACUGGUCUACUCUGUGUGUGUGUGUGUGCUUGUUUUACUGUAUUCAUGGGGUCCAAAAACCAGGGGCCCGCUAUACUUGUGGGGUCAGGCAGCUUUGUAGAGACCAAAAUGCUGGACCCUACAAGUUUAGAGGGCUGUUUGAGGGCCAGGACUUAGUUUCAGGGUUCAGGUUUGGGGCCCCAUGAAGAUAGUGACACAACGCUCUGUGUGUGUGUGUGUGUGUGUGUGUGUGUGUGUGUGUGUGUGUGUGUGUGAACAUAGUCAACCUCAUCACAGAUACGGCGGCGGAUUAGACGUGAUGACCGUGAAUGCAUCGUUUCAAGACUUCUUAUUUAAUUUUAAGUUUGUCUUUCUGACUUCUGAUUGGACGAUCCAGCCCCACCUGCUUUCACACCUGACGCGCCUUCCCCUCUGACCCGGCUUUGCACGACCUUCAGCGGGGGUCAGACGCAAGACCCUGAACGCACCGUUGCAGGACUUUUCAGAAUAAGAGUCACUUUAUUUAGCCUUCAUUUAGUGACGAGCAGAUGUGCAUUUCAAAAUAAGAGUCACCGUGCUGCCUUAUCUCACGACACUACCUGAAUCUAUGCAAGCAGAACGCACUCCAACUGUGUGCGUGUGAACGACCAUCAGCUGUUACACUCCGUCAGAUGUUUUUGGCCUUUAAGAGUUUGAUUCCCCCAAACAGUUAAUGUGAAGUAAAGUGAGGAUCAGACGAGACGCUUUGAAAACAUUAAAGGCCUUUUUAUAUCUCUGUAUUUUAUUCUUCAGCUUUAGCUGUUUAAAUCCAUUUCUUUGUCUUUCCAUCAUGUAGUUGAAUAUUUUUUUUCCCCCAUCGUCGCGGUGUGAACCCGUAGGUUCCUCUCAGUAUUUCUCUGUAUUUAAAAAUGUUUUGAUGAUUUUUGAGGAACGGUUCCUUAAGAACGGGACUUACGAGGUUUCCACCCGACGCUGCCUUCAGUUUUCUGUCGAUACGAGGAGUCAGCGCUCUGGCUUUGUACAAACUGCAUUAAAUUAUUUGUUAAUGACUGAACGAAUAAAGUUUUGAGAUUUUAAUAAAUAAGUUUUCUGUCA